GGGGGGCUACAUAUAAAGGUGUGGCAAGCCAACUAACUGUUCAGAGGAGUUGCCUGGAGAGUUUUGAACACGAUAGUGCGAAAAGUGAAUUCCUAUUUUGAUUGAGACCGGAAUCCGAGGGAUUUGAGAUUUGUACCACACGCUGUGAAAGAGAAUCUGAAGGACGAUGAGACACUGCAGGGUCUUGGGGCUGCUGCUGCUGCUGCUGGUUUCCAUCUCCAGUUGCUUUGCAAAGUCCGACUGCGUGGUAAACAACUUCCAUGUGAAGGAAGACUUCAACAAGACGCGGUAUGUGGGCAAAUGGCACGCUUUCGCAAAGAAGGACCCCGUGGGCAUUUUCCUGGAGAGUAACAUUCAUGCCGAGUUCAAGAUUGAAAACGAGACGAUGACGGCCAAAGCGACUGGCCUGGUCACUUUACUACCGGAAUGGAUCGUGUGCGCUGAAAUGAUGGGAACAUUCAACAAUACUGAGAACCCCGCCAAGUUCAAGCUGAAAUACUGGGGGGCAGCCGAGCACCUGCAGAAAGGCAAUGACGAUCACUGGAUUGUUGACACCGAUUAUGACAACUAUGCCAUCACAUACACAUGUCGAAAACUGAAUGAUAAUGGAACUUGUGCAGAUAGUUACUCAUUUGUUUUCUCACGGGAUCCUGAAGGAUUAACCCCUGAAGCACAGCGAGUCGUCCGAAAGUGGCAGGAUCAUCUCUGCCUGGCAUUCAGAUAUAAGCGUGUUGCUCAAACAGGGCAGUGUCCUUAGAUUCAGCGGAUUAUUGCCACUUUGGCCAAAGGUUAUAGAUGUGAACAUCUGUCUACAGUACUACAUCAGGACCAGCUUUCAGCAUCUUGUGAAUAUAUUUUUCCAAAGCUCUCAUUUUAAAUACAAAUGGAUUUCCAGUCAUGUAUUGCUCUUCCAAUAAAGUUAUGCUAAACAUUUGUGUAUAAA